AACUUGGCUAACUUGGUCAACAUCACUGUUGCUGCAAGGGCUGGUGUUGAUGAUGGUGUUGGGUCCAUGCCAGUGUCAAUUUCUAUCAGCAGAUGCCUGGUCCAAGAGCAAUGUGCUCGAUGUGUUCGCCACAGUGCCGCAACUGGCAAAUGAAGCCAGUGGAGCGCACACGAUUCAGCAAACCCACAACAACAACGUCACGCUGGCAGACGAAGAGACGGACGAUGAAACUGAGGAGGAUUUGGAUUUGGAUCUGGAUCCGUUGGCACCGCAUGCGGCUGCCGCCGCUGCUGCCACUGAUGCUGCUUCAAUGAUGCCAUUGUCGCAGCGUAAACUCUCGAGGGGUAAACGCUUUGUGGCAUUUCCAUUGGGUUCAUCGGCUUCUGUCGCCGUCUGCCUAACCACAGGCGUCCUCGGCAAUCCCGACUACUUGUAUCUCAGCUUUGGCCUCAAUUGGGGCGUUGCCUAUGAUUUGCCCAACAUCACAUGGGUCCUGAACAAUGCCCACGGCUGGAACACAAAGAAACCGAUGGCGGCCGUAGCCAAAAUCAAACGCAGGCAUCGACGUGAUGUCUAUGGCAACUUGGAGACAAUGAUAGAUUCCAAUGAUUUAUGGCCACCGCCAACAUUGAUGACUAUGAUGGAACGUGCAAAGACAACGACAUCUCCUCCGCCUCCACCACCUCAAUCGACAGACAAUGCCAAAUCCGUGCGCUCAUUGAGCCGAUCCAAACGCUAUCUCAGCUUUCCCGAGGGCUCCUCUUUUACAGUGUCAGUGUGCUUCACUGUGGGAAUCAUUGGCAAUCCCUACUACGCCCACAAUAGUUUCGGCCUGAAUUGGGGAGUUGCCUACGAUCUGCCCAACAAUUCGUGGAUUCUCCAGAGUCUGCAUGGCUUUUCACAACGUCCUGUAGCGGCAGCUAUACUUCGUAGGCGCACUAGGAACGCCAUCUAUCAGGAUAUCGAGACUAUAGUCGAUAACAUGGGUUACAAUGGACGUGAUUGCGUCUUGCGUACACUGUGUGAAAGUCGUCAAUAUUUCCAGCGAACAAAGCUGAACAUGGUCGGAGAAAUGUUGCGCGCAAUCUUCAGUUUACCCAAGCAGCGCAUAUUUAAGCGAGAACUUGAAGAGAACGCGGAUAUUGUGCACUACGAUAACGCCUAUCGACACGCCCAUGACUUUGAUUGCGAAAAGCAAUAUGAUUGCCAAUUUUCACUACUGGAACUGGCAUUCGGGAAGUAUUCAACACCACCGAAAAAUUAUUAUGCUCAAUAAAUUG